GCAUGUGGGAACAGAAGGUUUGCAACUGCAGACUGCGCAACUUCAUUCGGUAUAUCCGUAUGUCCAUGAUACGAGUUCCUGGAUAAUGCUUCAGACCUCGAAGAAACAGAAUGGUACACCCGUAAUUCAGGUCACGUGACGCUUUCCCUCUGCACAGAUAGGCGGAUGGCUUGACUCAGCCGCGGUGUUGGUGGAGAACUCAGUUGUCCGGAAUUCGCUGAAGAAGACAGUGCUGUGGGUGGUGCGGUCUCCGUAAAUGAACUGAAGCGGUAAGAUCGCCCUUCUGUUUGUUUUUUUAUUCGAUGGCAAUUAUUUACCAUUCAAUGUACUAACUGGAGGAAUCGAUGGGGUAUGUUGAUGAUCGUCUGCUCGACCAAGAAAGGCAUUUGUUUUCGAACUAGCUGUUCGCUGUUGCUGGCAGUUCCAUCGUCUACAGCUUGUUGGCUGACCUAUUGCAAAAGUUAUGUUAUCAUGGCGUUUCUCAGUCGUGGCUGAAGCAAUCAUGCGAGAUCUGCUGUAUCCAUGGUGUUUGACACUUUCAAAACAUUGUACAGUUAUUAUGCCUUGAUUGCAAAAAUUUGAAAUACCUGUUGCACAUUAUAUAAAAUUUUCUGCAUGCUUUCUGUGAACUUCUAUCCUAUAUUGGUCUCCCAUCUUAUGUAUGUGAAGAGCAUGCUGUCUUGUUCAUUAUGCCAGGUUUAGGAAGAUAUCCAUGCCCUUCGUGCCCUUAUGUUGCUGGCAAUCGUCGCAUGUUAGCUAGGCAUGCUGUAUUAAUUCAUUCUGAAAAAGUUUUCAAAUGUCCUGUAUGUCCAUUUAUCACCCGCUAUGCUGCCAACUGGUAUAGGCAUAAACGGGACUUACAUGGACUUAGUAAAAGUGCAAAUUGUGAAGUAUGUGGUUUUUUUGCCAGCAGUACUGCCGAACUUGCUCAGCACACAGAAGCAGAACACCCAGAGCACCUGCAGCUGGAAAAAUAUGAAGAUAAGUAUGCCAGAGAGAAAUUGAGACUGAGUGGAGGAGGAAUAGAGGAGCUACCACCUGAACCAAUAACUAUAAUUGAAGAAGGCGAUAGUCCUCUUGAGUUCGACCAAUCAGCAGUCUCUGAAGAACAUCAACUUGUAAAUGAAGAUAAUCAUGAAUCUAUUACCUUUUCAUUACCAACAAAUGGUUUACUAGAAGCUAAUGGAGAAGAGCUUAGUGCCAAUGGUUCAGAGGAAGAGAAAUCGCCCAUUAAAGUGGCGAUGAAUAGUGAUGUAGAACCUUCUUCUGAUACUUUGGGACCACUUAAAGUAAAGAGGAGCUAUAACUGUGAUCGGUGUGGGUUAUUGACUAGCAAUCCCAGAGAAUACUUAUAUCAUCUUCGCAACACACAUGGUGAAAGAAUAAGUGUGUUUGAAUGCAAAUAUUGCAUCUAUGCUUCUAAACAUGUACAGAAGUUGCAGAGGCAUUGUGGGUUAGUCCAUAGACAGUUAAUAACCAAAGAUCCUGAGUAUCAAAAACAAUUAGAAGCUCAAAAAGAAAAGAGGUCUAGACCAGGAAUGAAUAGACUUACUGCUGCUUCUUUACAACCCAAUACAUCUAUUGGCAAUUCUGCUUUGAAAACUGCUAAUUCAGUUGCAUCAAAUAAACCUGCACGAACUAGAGGACCAUUACCUUUUCGGUGUUCUCUUUGUCCAUAUCAGACAAGAAACAAAGGAUUCUUGCUGCAUCAUGAAAAGACUGUUCAUCUGAAGAAAAGAUUUUAUCGUUGUCUUCAGUGUGGUUACGUAACAAACGAGAAAGGUCGUUAUACAAAGCAUAUAAAGUAUCAUAGUUUACCUAAAAUGCAGUGUGAAUAUUGUUUUUUCAAAACAGCCUAUAAAUGGAACAUGGACAGGCAUAUGAAGAACCACGAAGAGGGAGCUGAAGGUGCAUUUCAAUGCACAGAAUGCAAUUUUACUACUUCUACUAAACAGUCAUUUAAAGCCCAUGUCACUAAUCAUCAUAACAAUUCAUCAGCCGAAAAUUUUCUAGAUCAGCAUGAAGAUAUGAAUGGCGAUAAUGAUGAGUCUGGUGAAUGGGAAGAUAUAGAUUCAAUUCCAGAUCAGGUUGAGGAGAAUCAAGUAUUGCCAGAUGAAAAUGUAUCUAUGGAGUCCUAUGAUUAUACCGAUUCCAGAGAUAAUUCUGAUACCGUAUGGAAAGAUGGGAAAGCUUACCAAAAGACUCUUCAGUGCAAAUUAUGCGAUUUCAAAGCUGCUUGGCCAUUUGAGAUGAAAAAACAUGAAGAAAACCAUAGAAGCCAGAAAAAGCAUCCUUGUCCUCUUUGUGGCAUGCGGUUUGAACACAUAGCUUGGCUAACGAAGCAUUUGCGCAGAGUGCAUGAGGAUAAUUCACAAGCUAAAAAUAUUGCUGCAGCUUUUGAUCUCCUGAAGCCAGCUCGUAGAAGGCCUGGUAAGGAAUACACCGCUGAUGCAGUUCUUCCGAUGUUUCAAGAAGUUUUAAAACAAAACAAUGUUUCAAAUAACAAAGUACAAGAGCCCCCAAAGAACUCAAUGUUGUCUACUUUAUUGAACAAACCACUUCAGCCACUUCCCCCGGUAUCUGUUAACAAGUUUAGUGCUCCAUAUAAGUCAAAGGCACUUGCCUCAGCUGCAAAUAUGUCUCGGCAGCUGAGAAUAUCGAAUUUCUAUGGAAGAACUUCAGCAAAUGAGACAUCCAGUAUGGCUGUGUCUAAUGCGAAAUCAAAAAAUGUACCUACUUGUAAUGUGUGUGGCUACAAGACUCGGUGGAUUUCAGAAUUGCAGCGACACAUGAGGGUACAUUCUCAGGAAAAGCCAUUUCACUGCCCCAAAUGUAAAUACCAUUGCAAGUGGAAAGGUGAUUUGAAUCGCCACUUGAUGAAGUAUCAUGGAAUUAAAGUGCCAUCAUCUAACAAAAAGCAUGGAGUCCCCAAAUUAAAAUUAAAGAAAUCAUCUGAUAUACCAUCUGAUGAUUGGCAACCUGUUAAACAAGAUAUUAAGAGAAAUCAAUUUUCAUCAUCUACUCCUAUUAGAAACUCUGAAGAAGAAGCUCCUUUGGAUUUGACAACUAAAGAUACUUUUCCACAUCCAUAUGCAAACAGUGACUCAUAUGAUCCUUAUGAUUUUGAAAAUUUCUCCUCUACAAUUGAUGAACCAAUUGUGGAUAUUGAAACUGUGAGUGACGGUGAAUCAUCAAAUUUCAAAUCGCCUCUGCAGCAUUUACGUGAUGUAUCAUACAAUAUUGAUGAUUCUUCCAACCCUUCUUCUAAGCGUAAAUAUCAAUGCCCAUAUUGUCCUUUUGGAAAUACUACAGCUUCUCGAUUUCAUGUUCAUAUUGUGCAACAUUUUAAUAGAAGACCAUUCAUGUGUUCUGUUUGUGGUUAUAAUUCCAACUGGGAGUGGGAUAUCACUAAACAUAUACGUCUGAAAGGCUGCACAGAUAGAUAUCAUAACAAGGCAUGUGUUCUCUUAACAGAUGAAUCUGGCCGUAGAAACUAUGAAAAGUAUGAUAAAUAUUUAGUAGAUAUAAAUCAGCCUCCUCCGACAGUAUUCACUAGACUUCCCGAACCAAAUGGUAUUCCAGAUAUGGAUAAAUACAGACUGUCUGACCACAGCAAUAACAGGCUCCUUCAAGUUGAUCAACCAAAUAAAAACUGCAGUUAUGAUUUCAGGAAUAUAGGCUCAAAUUUUGAAGAUACGCCUGAAAAUAUUGUUGUUACGCCUGACAUCAAUAUUCCUGAUCAGUCUGAUAUCAUGGAACCUCAACAGAAUUUUUAUGGAGACCAGUCUGAUAUGGUAGAUGGUACGUCAGAAAGAUUUUAUGAUGCAAAGAACUUUUUCUGCAAGCAUUGUGAUUUCAAGCAUUCGACAAAGAGAGUAGUCAUUAGCCAUCUAUCUAUUCAUGCUGGAAUAAAACCCUUCCGUUGUCGAGCUUGUGGUAUUACUUCCAACUGGAGACAUGUCAUAGUAAGACACGUGAAGGAUGCUCACAAUGGUUACAUGCAUGAGGUUGAAGAUCGAAUCAGCUAUAUUCAGGAAGGCUUUGGAUUACGAUUGACAUCUGUAAAUAUAAAUAAUCAGGAUUCUGGUAUUAACAGCCCCAGAAUUCAAACUCCUCAGUUUGGAUGCAAGAUUUGUCCUUACAAAUGUGAUAAGGAAGUUUACAUGAAGUUCCACAUGAAGCAACAUAGGCCUAGAGAAGGAGCUAUAUACAGAUGUGAUUACUGUCCAUAUUUUGUGAAAUUUAAGAAAACCUUAACUCGACAUCUCAAGCUCCAUAACCCCUUAUCUCCCAAUGAUACAGCAGCUGAGAAUUUUGAAGAUGACGAGAUAAAGCAAGAUAUGUUUGAAAGCCAAUCUUCUAUGGAUAAUAAUGUUGGUAAUGUGUAUGAUUUCUACGAUAAUCAAGUUAAUGAUUCGCCUGAUGAUUCAAUUGCUAUCUCUUUUGACACACUUAAUCAGUAUACUAACUCUGAAUCAAUGUCGCCUCAAAAAAUCAAGAGACACAUAUGUGAAAGUUGUCCUUAUAAAACUGAUAACAAAACCCAAUAUUUGUAUCACAAACAAUUUCACAGGCCAAAUCCAUCAGCUCCUUUCAAAUGCUCUGUCUGUACUUAUUGGGCAACUAUGCAGCAUCUUCUUACUCAGCAUAUGAAGGUGCAUUCUGAGUCUGAAGGGGAAACUGAAACUUCUACUCCUAAAGAACAAAAUAUUGAAAAAUCACCUGUCGAUAAGCAAGAGUUGGAAAGUGAUUGGACUGAAAAGAUGUCUGUUGUUUAUGUAAAGCGAGGUGACCUUAUAGUAAAAAUGUUUAAAUGUAAAUUCUGUCCUAUGAUGAAUAAAAAGAAAGCUAAUGUAAGAGUUCAUCAGAAAAUGCAUGGAGUUACAGUGAAUAAUGGUAAAUUUGCUUGCUCAUAUUGUGAUUAUCAGUGUUUGAAUCAGGGUGGUUUGACAAAUCAUCUUAAAAUACAUCAAAAGGUUCCUGAAAAAGAAGCGUAUAUUGAAGAAAAUAUCAUGGAGCAGUCCUCAAAAGCAUCCGAUUCUAACAAUGAUGAAACUGGUCCUUCUCGUAAGAAAUCCAUUAGCUAUUUCUGUGACAAAUGCCCUGCACACUUUAAAACUUCUCAUGAUUUAAAUAAUCAUUCUAAGUUCCAUGGAUCAUCUUUUCCAUAUCCAUGUACUCAUUGUGAUUAUCGAGCUAGACAUAAACCUCACUUGUAUCAACAUAUAGCAGUUCACUCUCCAGAAUACCAAGCCAAACGCAAUGCUGCUGCACGUCUGUCUGAGACUGAUAGUUCAUUAUCUGUUGAUCCCAUGAUGGAUACAACUGAAAUUCCUGUAGUGAAAAAGAUUGAUCAAAUGUUGCUCUUGGAAGCAUCUGAACUGAAUACUGCCAUGAAAAAGACAGGUGAAGCUGCAAAUCUCCUUCAUAGGUGCAUGAUAUGCAAUGCACCUUUCAUUAAAACAUCCACUCUUACAUAUCAUAUAUCUUUGCAUGGAAGUGAUGGUGAAUUCAAGUGUUCACAGUGUGAUUAUGCUGUAAAUAGAUCCUCGAAUCUUACCAUUCAUUCACAAAUACAUCCCAAGAAGAAACCUCCUCCAAAGCCAAAGAAAUUGCCUCUUCGUAACUGGCCUUGCAAACAUUGUCCUGCUGUGUUUUACAAGCAGGAUCGAUUUGAACGUCACUUAAAUCUUCAUGGGAAAAACUAUAGAUUUGCUUGUGAACAUUGUGAUUAUUCUGUACGCUUUGCUGCUAACCUUAUUAAGCAUAGAGCUCUUCAUGUGGCCAAACCUGAUGCAGAAAAUAACCUGUCGUCAGCAAAAGUUUCAGACGACUCUGCUUCAGUUGCAACAUCACCAAGUGCUACUGCCAAGCCUUUAGCUGAGAACACCAAUUUUCUAGAGUGUGAAGAAAAGAAAAUAACUUACAUUUGUGAUAGGUGCCCUUAUUUCCAAAAUAGGAGGGAUGCUGUUCAGAGUCACCAACGACGCCACUGGUACAAAGAUGGUUUUAAAUGCCCUUACUGUGAUUAUACUUCUAUGCAAAGUGGCUUUGUACAAAGUCACAUAAAAAUGCACAUACAACCUCACCAAUUAUUCCCUGCUCAAGCAUUCAUGAAAUACGAGUCUUUCAAAAUUUUCUGUAAAGAUGAUGGUGAAGAUGUUCUUUUAUUUGACGACCAAGUUAUGAUGAAAGAAAAACAGUCCGACACUUAUCAUGAAGGGAAGAAAAAAAGGAGAAAAACUGAAGAAAGUGGAGAAAAAAGAAAAAUUCGAAAAUUAUCUACAGACUCCACUUCUAUGGACUCGAAUUCAUCAGAUUCUGUAAAUAAACCUAAAGUGCCUGUUGUUAUGUUAUCAGAUAUUCUUUCAGAUAAAGAUCUAAGAAAAUGGGCCCCUAAACUUAAAAUUCCCAAAUUGAAGAUAACUAAAUGUACAGAUUCCAAUUCUAGUGAGAAAAUUUAUUCCAAACUAAACAUAUCUUAUGACGGUGAAGAUAAAUUACAAACUACUUUGUCAAAACCAGUUCCAAGUCUAGUUGUGAAAAUUAGCAAAGUAGAGAGUAGCAGCAAAAGUGACAAAGCUGUGUAUAGUGUUUCCACCAAGACAUCAGUUACCUCGGAACAUUCUACGAGCAUGAUCAUCAAAAAAGAUCCUGUUGAAAAUACUGUUAGUUCUGAUCCUGAUCCAGUGAUACAAAAACCCGACUCUGCCUUGUCUGUUCCUGCUGACUCUGAUGCACAACCUGAUAAUAGUGUUUCUGAUACAAAGGAUUCAGAAAAUGAAAAUAAGGACCUUGGUUCAUCUAAUGAUGAAAUUUUAAAUGAAGUGGAGGAUUCUAAAAAUCUUCUGUCAUCAAUUGAUGAAAGUGAUAGGAAGUCAGAAGAAUCUUUUUCUAGUGAUACAGUUCCUGAAGUAAGUGAUGUUUUAUGUGACAAAUUAAGUGUAUUAUCAGAUUUAUCUUUCGGAAAGAAUUUGCCUUUGACAAAUGGUGAAACUGAUUCUCAUAUAACGAAUGGUCUUGGCUUGUUACCUGAAGAAAUUGCAGUUGAACUGUAAAAUAUACCAAAGAAUAUUUUUUAUCUGUACUGUGAAGUAUUUUAACUUAAUGAACUGAAGACUAUUCAAAUGUCAACACAUUUUGUAUAUAAAUAUUUAGUAAUUUUAUGUAUUUUUUGUUUGUUUGUUUAUUGUAAAUGAUCAAAUGACCAUGUUCAAGGUAUUGAGCAAGUGUUGCAUUCCGCAAUUUUCUUGAAUGUUCUUAAUUUAAAAAAAAAUAUGCAAAUUCUUAGUUAAAGAAAUAUACUAGAAACUCAAACGAAUUAAUGCGUGCAAAUCUUUUAUUAUAAGAAUCUAUUGAUUUCAUAUGAAUAUUUUAUUAGACUUCAUUUUCUGCACUUAUUAUAACUGUGCACUAUUUCAAACUUGUUCAUUUUUUCACAUUUUUUUUUCAAUCAUUUGUACAAUAACCUCUUAUUAUUCUCUCAUUCUUAAAAAUAAAAUAUGUAUCUGGACCAUGCUAAUUUUACAAUAUAUAUAUUAUGUUAAACAUAUUGUUAAAAUGUAAAUUUAUUGUAACACCUCUUGAAGUAACAAUGAAAGAAAUCAAUAUUUAAUAAAACAGCUUAAUUUAAACUAACUGAUAAAAUGAAAUUUUUACUUAAAUGCUGUAAUGUAUCAUUGUUGAAAAUAAAUAAAUUGAAUAGCUUGGUAAACCCUGAUAUGUUAUUAAUAGGAGGUUAUUGUAUUUAAUUUAGAAAGAUUUUAUUUUUAAGUAAAUUGUGCAUCACUAAAGAAAUCAAGGUUCCUGCCUAUUUUGGAAUUUAUGAAAUUUGUCUUUUGAAGACUAGCAUAAAAAUGAGUAUAAAUUUUUUUCUUGAAGAAAUAAAUUAUCUACAAGUCAUAUUUCAAAAAUUAUUUUAUCUGAUUAAUCAAUAAUAAUAUUGCUAUAUAAAAUGUAUAUUUUAUGUUUGAUUUUAUCUAUAAUUUUUUUAUAUUUGAUAAUAUGAUUAUUUAGUCUACAAGAUAUUUACUUUUUUACUUAUUCAAAAUAUUUACUUUUAAAAAUACUAAUUUAAAAAUAAUUACUUUUAUAUUAAUGCUCUCAUUAAUUUGAAAUCUUAAUGUAUUUUAAAAUAUAACUAUGUUAAUGUUCUCAAUAAUUUUAUUACAAUGCAGUUUCUUAAAAAUUGAAAUGAAAUACAAUACUACUGUAACUGAAGAGUAGCAUUGUAUUUCACUAGAAACAAUUAUAAUAGAAAGCUUUGUAAGAUAUUUAAAAUACAUUACUUAGUAGUAAUGUAAAUUAAACAAAACAUUUAUUUUUACUGUAUUAAUCAUUACUAUUUUUUAAAUACAUUGUGCUAAUUGGUAAACAAAUUUAUCUAUAUUGCAAAUUAUUUGCUAUGUCAGACUUAUUAUCACUAUGUACAAGUUAGCUUUUUUCUAUGAACAGUGGACAAAAUCUGCUUCUGUAACAGCCUAUUAAUUUUUGAAAAAUAUGCUUCUUUACUCUGCUGAAGAGUUAAUUUUUUUAAUAAUAUUUUAUUUAUCACAUUCUGUUGUGCACCAUAUUUAUUUGAUGAAUAGCCAGAGUUUUAUUUUUCAUAUCUUUGGAAUUGCUGGCCCUUUUGUAUUAUGACAAUAUUUUUAAUUCUAGUCAAACUACUUAUGAAAAUAUUAGUUCGACUAAAUUCUUGUGAGCAUUAUUUAACUUCUGUUUGAUUACUUAAGUAUAAUUGUAACUUAUGUGCCCCAAAAGAAUUCUUAAUUCUUAGUUAAUACUUUUUUUCACCUUAUUUUCUCCGUAUGUUUGUGCUGCAUGCAAUUUCUCUUUAUAACAAAACUUUUAUAUAUUGACAGGUAUGAAAGAAAUUAGGUUUAUUAUUAAUUGUUGCUGUUGUUUUUAUAUAAUGGCCAUCCUGAAUUGUGUUCAUCUCAUCAUCACUACCUUGGAACAUUUUUAAUGUGUGCUAUUUAUGUUAAAUUUAUAAAAAAUGUGAAUUGUAUUAUGUGUGAUGUGUGUUUUAUUGACACUUAAACUUGAAGUCUUCACAAAUUCUUCACUUGUUUGUACUUCUGCCAAAUUAAUUUUAGCAUUAGAUUUUUGUUAGGUUUAGUUCACUUAGGGUUUUAGAGUCUUGCUAAUCAGAAUCAAAAAUUUCUGGGCAGAACUUUAAAUGUAGCUGGGGGGGGGGGGUAUCAAAAGGUAAGAUUAACUAUGACUAUGCACUGCCAGAUCUUUUUUAAUUAUUCUGAAAAAAUAAACCUUAAUGACUGUUUCUAGCUAUUUUAAAGGAGUAUUGAUUUUUUUAAUAAUAAUGUGUUGAAUUAUUAUUGAUACAAAU